AUGGCAUCCCCAACUACACCCCUCUAUCCCCUCACGCCCACCUCCCUCCUAACAUCCCACUUUAUCGGCAAGAAACUCAGCACCCUACCCACCCCAGCCAUCGUGCUCGACCGCGCUCUGAUACGGCGAAACUGCGCUGCUAUGCUGGGCAUCUGCUCGGCCCUUGGAGUGGAGUUUAGGGCGCAUGUCAAGAGCCAUAAGACGAUUGAGUUGAGUAGAAUGCAAGUUGGGGAUUGGGAGGGAGAAGGACAAGGAAAGGGUGAGAAGAAGGCGAAUUUUAUUGUUAGUACGGUGUUGGAAGCAGAGCAAUUGGUGGGGUAUGUGAGGGAUGUUCAGGGAAAGAGGUGGGAUGGAAGUAUUCUCUACGGCGUUCCUGUUGCUCAAUCUAGUAUCCCGCGCCUUAUCAGCCUAGCUACAGAACUUGCACCAGGCUCAAUACACGUCUUGAUCGACAACCUUGACGCGUUCACAAAGCUCUGUGAACGUCUAAGAUCUGCCCCAGAAGCUGUGCAGUUGGGUAUUUUUAUCAAGAUCGACACGGGGUAUGAGCGUGCUGGGAUCAAGACGUCGUCUCCUGCUUUCCCAGGUCUAGUCCAGAGCAUAGUGGCCAAGACGCAAGAGCCUGGGUCAAAGUGCUUCCUGAAAGGUUUCUAUAGCCAUUUCGGACACUCUGUCAGGAUGCUGGUCGAAGUGACUAGCGUGUACAGCGAGCGGGGCAAGCCUGAAGCUCUUGUCUCGGCCGGCUCUCUAGCGAUGGGCCGCGAGCCCUGCAAGUCUUACCCGGGGUGGGGGAUUGUCACGGGUGACUUGAGCAAUUCAUCCGCAAAGCAUAUUUAUGACGAGCGCGAGGGCAAGACGGGGUGGAUUGUCGGACGUAUUAGCCAGGAGCACGGCAUCUUGACGUGGGAGGGUGAAAGGAGCGAGUGUAAUGAGCUGAGUGUUGGUGACAGGGUGAUGGUUUGGCCGAACCAUGCUUGCGUGGCAGGGGCUGGGUUCGGUUGGUAUCUUGUGGUCGAUUCAGACACGGACGGGGAGACGGUUGUUGAUGCGUGGGUUAGAUGGCGGGGAUGGUAG